AGUCAGGCGAGUCACAUGACUUCUGACAAACACAACACGGCAGCAGAACUCUGAUUUCUGGUUCCUCAUCUGUUUUAAGAGUUGAAGUCAUGUCGAUGUUUAAAUUGUGUUUUAUCUGCUCGGUGCUGUCUGUCGUCUUCACUUCAGCGUCUGCAUUCAUGACAAAUGGAGAAACAUUUCGACGAAAGUUGUCUGUAGAAGUGAAUCCCGGUCUGAAUCCUCCCUCUUCACUUCCCCCUGGAGUCAAUCUGGUGCACGUGCGGGCACAGGGUCACAAUGACACCCUGCACUUCAUCUUCUGUAACCAGGGGGCGCCAUCACUGCUGCUGGUCCACACUAACAGCACCAAGUCAACAGUGCACGUGAACUGGCCUGAGUUUAUUAACCGCACUUCAUCUGGCAGCCUGAAGGUGGAGCCACAGAGCAGCGUUCAGUACAGCAAUGCACUCAUGAUCACCAGACUGUGGGAGUACAGUGAUGUCAAUAACACAGCAGACCCACAAAAUACAUCAGAGUCCAGAUUCUACCCACCAUAUGAGCUCCAGAACUUCAUCUGGUCUGAUCUGAACACAACAGUUAAUCAGUCUGAUCACAGGAUCAUGAUCUGUGGAGGUGACAGGACCGUCAGUUUUAUCAACGGCUCCUUCUGUCUGCAGAUCUCAGCGUAUGAGUCAGAAGGUCGAGAGUCAUCGUGGCCGAGCCUCCUCCAUAACUCAAACUCUACACAGGUGCGCAUGUGGCUUGACGGCGUGACGUCGCGGGGCAAUAACUCCAGAUUCAUGCUUGAGCUGCAGACGGUUGGAGACUCUGAGUUUCAGGGCCGAGUCGACGUCCGCAGCUCUAUAGAUGACGAAUACACGCCCUCCAUUUUUAAGGUGUCUCAGUGGGUUUCAUUUCCAGUCAACAGCAGCAGGAUUUGGGGUUACACUCAAUGGAAACCUGUGGCGUAUCGUAAACCCAGACCGGUUUUUGAGGAUGCCACACCCUGCAAACACUCACAGCCCGUUCCCAUCGCCCAGCCGCCUCACUCGGGUCUGAUUCAGGCGUAUUUCAGAGGUCAUCCACAGACCUACGGGCUGAACAUCAGCUUUGGAAUCGCUGGAGAUCCGUUUUAUAACGUCACCAAUUACCUCAGCUGGACUGUUUUAAUGGGCAUGGGUGACCCUCCGGCUGAUUCCUUCUCUACGUUAAUCAUCAUCAUCAUGGCUAUUGGACUCGGCACACCGCUGGUUCUUAUUAUCGUGGGUGGAGUUUUUGUGUGGAUUCGUAAGAGGAUGUCACAAUCCACGGGUUAUGAGCCAAUCAACUGAGACUGUAUGGUACAAAUUCUGCCUUUACUGAUUGGUAGUGUGGUUGUCAUUCACCACCUACACACAAACUCUGUCAGGAUUGGUCAGUGCACUUUAAAAUUGGCCAAUCAGGGAAUGAUACAGUAUUUGACUUCUGUGGACUGCAGGAUGAAAGGUUUUCUCUUGUCUGGAUUUAAUGUCAUGUUACUGUUUGAUCGUACAGCAGAUCAGAGUAGAAAUCCAAGAUUCAGUCGAGUGAUUUUUGAUGAUUUUUUCUUGUAAAAUCUGACCUGUAAAAAAACUGACAUUUGAUGGUGGAAAUUAAGGAGAUUUUAAUAUAUGUGAAUGAAAACAAUCAAAACUGCACUUAAGUGUUUCUCAGGGAUUCUCGCUGUUAAACCACUGAAUUUUUUUUAUCCUGAUAAUAAAAUGCAUCAUUUGUUUUUAAGAGAAA